CGUGCGAAGGGAACAGGGGAGCCAUGGCCGGUUCCGCUGCUGUCGCUGCCCCGGGGCCCAGCGCCCCCAGGAGGCUGAAUGUGAACGUGGGGGUCCUGGGGCACAUCGACAGCGGCAAGACCGCGUUGGCCCGGGCGCUCAGCACCACCAGUUCCACCGCCGCCUUCGACCGGGCCCCGCAGAGCCGAGCUCGGGGCAUCACCCUGGACCUGGGCUUCUCCUGCCUCCGCACCCCGCUGCCGCCGCACCUGGGACCCGGCCCCGGCGAGCUCCAGCUCACCCUGGUGGACUGUCCGGGACACGCCUCCCUCAUCCGGACCAUCAUUGGCGGUGCCCAGAUUAUUGAUUUGAUGAUGCUCGUCAUAGAUGUGACAAAAGGGAUGCAGACUCAGUCAGCAGAGUGCUUGGUGAUUGGGCAAAUCGCCUGCCAGAAGAUGGUAGUAGUUCUGAACAAAAUAGACCUUCUUCCAGAGGGGAAGAGACAAGCUGCCAUUGAGAAGAUGACGAAGAAAAUGCAGAAGACUCUGGAAAAUACAAAGUUCCAAGGGUGUCCUAUUGCUGCUGUUGCAGCUAAGCCAGGUGGACCAGAAGCCCCAGAGACUGUGACUCCACUAGGUGUUUCUGAACUAAUUGAGGUCCUGAAGUCUCAGGCUUACCUGCCAACAAGAGAUCCCACGGGACCCUUCCUUAUGGCCAUCGACCACUGUUUCUCCAUCAAGGGUCAAGGCACAGUGAUGACAGGGACUGUUCUUUCUGGCUCCGUUAGCCUAGGUGAUAAUGUGGAGAUUCCUGCCCUGAAGGUGACAAAGAAAGUCAAGUCUAUGCAGAUGUUCCAUACUCCUGUAACGUAUGCCAUGCAGGGUGACAGAGUAGGCGUCUGUGUGACCCAGUUUGAUCCCAAGCUGCUAGAACGAGGUCUAAUCUGUACUCCAGAAUCUCUCCAGACCAUACAUGCUGCUGUCAUCUCUUUGAAGAAAAUCCAGUAUUUCCGUGGUGCUCUUCAGACCAAAGCCAAGUUUCACAUCACAGUUGGUCAUGAAACAGUCAUGGGAAGAGUGAUGUUUUUCAGCCCAGCCCCUGCUGACUUCAGCAAAGAACCCCUGGAGAAUUCUUUUGAUUUUGAAAAGGAAUAUCUUUAUCAAGAGGAAUACUUAUCCAAGGGCUCAAAAUCUUCAGAGGAAAACAAGGAAAAUGACCAAACAGGAGAAGGGCAGCUUCCGAGGCAACAAUGGGCUUUACUGGAGUUUGAAAAACCUGUCACUUGUCCUAAAUUUUGCCUUGUGAUUGGCUCCAAGCUGGAUACUGAUAUUCAUGCAAACACCUGCAGGUUGGCGUUCCAUGGGGUAUUGCUUCAAGGGAUGGAAGACAAGAACUAUGUUGAGACUUUUCUUCCAAAGCUGAAAGUGUAUAAAUUGAAGCAUAAGGAAGGACAAGUGGAGAGGGUGCUGGAUGAUUAUAGUGUGAUUGGUCGUUCGUUGUUUAAGAAGGAGACCAACAUCCAGAUUUUUGUGGGGCUAAAAGUCAAACUAUCUACAGGAGAGGAUGGAGUAAUAGAGAGCGGCUUUGGGCAGAGUGGCAAAUUUAAAAUCCGAAUUCCAAAUGGACUCAAGUCAGAUACAAAGGUGUUUCUCACUGUCCCCUCCAAGAAGAAAUCCAAGGCAGGGAAGGGAGAUGCAGCCAAAGAGGAUGAAAGCAGCAAGGUUGACUCAGCCCAGCCUGUUACUAUCAACCUUCUCUUUAAAAGAUAUGUCUUUGACACACAGAAGAAAAUGAUUCAAUCUUGAGAAGGCGGAAGAGGCCUUCUAGCUGAUGUCUGAAGUGUCCUUAAAAGGCUUACACACCAAAAUGAAUUCAGGUGGAACGUAUUUCUUGUCUGAAAACCUUGGACUUUGAAAGGCUUUUUAUCUCAGUAACAUCCUAUAAGGGCGCCUUCUACCUGGAUUGAAGCUGGAAAGUCCUCCUAUCCCCAUGACUUCGCUUGGCCUCCAGAAUCUGUUUGUUCUGAUUUUGCUAUUUGAAUCUCCCCGCUGUCCCUCUUGGCAAGUGUCACCUGCCAAUUUGUACGGUUGUGUUUUACAGUUGAUAGAAAUGUUUUCGUGAAAUGUUUUAAGUUUCUUUUAAUUUAAACAUUCUGCAGCAAGGUGGAAAAUCCAAACCCAGUAGCAUUUGGGAAAUUUUAUGAGAACCAGUAAAUGAAACUAACCAGUCUACUUUCACGCCCCAAGCUGAGAGAGGGGCAAAAAAUACCCAAUGUAAAUGGUGAAAAUUAAAAUAGAUGUUUUAGAUUCUUUCAGAUCUAAUAAUGUGAGAUGCUGUCUGAGAGACAGGUAUGGAAGUUUUGUAUAAAUGAUUUAUAUCUUGACAGUCUGCAGUGUUAGAACAUCCUCAUAUGCACAUAAUUUCAGGGUCUGUAUUGUUAUGUUUGCUAGUCUGGCAGUUCAGAACUGCUUUUCUACAAUAUUUCACACAGCCUUUGAGAGUCUGCUGGCUAUUUAUUGGAUUCUUUAGGAAAUUGGAAGGCUAAGCUGUUCUGAAUAAUUGCUAAGAAAAUAUGUGCUGGAACUGCUUUAAUUUUUGUAACCAAAGUGCUUGUUUUGUGAGAAUGAAACACAAAGUUGCCUGUGGAAA